UUCAUCGAUGUAACGUAUCGAUAAGCAUAAAAGUCAACAAAACGAGUAAUCCCAAAAAAUGUUAAAAAUCCAUUGAUCAAAAUGGUAAAUGUUAUGAAAGGAGUUCUAGUUAAAUGUGAUCAUGCUAUGAAACAAUUCCUACUGCACCUAGACGAAACACUAAAACUAGGCCGUAAAUUCAUAAUCCAAGACCUCGACGAAAACCAUUUGUUUAUUUCCGCAGACAUCCUAGACGUCCUCCAAGCAAAAAUUGAUGAUUUAAUGGACCAAAUCAGCUUCCCAUUGGCCGAAAAGUAACCAUAAUGCCUUUAAAAGGGGCCCCUAGGGGCUCAAACCGUAUCAAGGACAAUGAAAAAAGACGAGUCAUCGAUGAUUCUCAACGCAAACGCAGGCAGCGCAAAUUCAUGGAACUCCUAGAAUCUGACAACUACCAUGAAGACCCGCACGCUGAUUUAGUAAUGAGCAAAAAAGUACCAAAAUUUGACAAUAGUUUAGAGCAAAGAACCAGCAGAAAUAAGAAAAAAGAGCGCACAGUGGACUAUUACCAGUUUAAGUACCGUAAAAACUUUCAGCAACUUGUAGAAGACAACAGGGCUGAAGCUGAGCUUAGAAAUUGUCCUUCGUACAUGGACGUGCAGUGCAAAGAGUCUCAGUUGCCUCAAAGGCGUUUUUGCGCGGUUUGCGGGUUUUUGGGGCCCUACAGUUGCUUGUCUUGUGGUACUAGAUACUGUUCGCUUAAGUGUAUGGGGACUCAUAUGGACACUAGAUGUUUAAAAUGGGCAUCAUAAUUUUUACGAAUGUAUUUCUAGUUUUAAUGCUUUAUUUUUAAAUUAGAGGUCUGUUGUCACAAGAGUCUCUGGGUCAGAAACAAAUGUUCAGCUAAAUUACCGGUAAUUUAUCUUGGAGUCAUGACAUUGUAAACUGUAAACAUAUGUAUGGGCGAUGCUUUCUGAUAGUUAACAAACUAUCAGAGACUUUUGUAAAAAUAGGCCUUGUAUAAAUGCCUCUCUUUACAUUCAUUUUUUAAUCAAAAAUGUAAUAAAAAUCUUUGGGUACAUUCAGGCGGUGCCAGCAGUUUAAUUCAGCCACUCAGCGGGAACUUCAGGUUCUGUCUUUGUCAUCCAGCAUAACACUGAUAAUGACAGAGCAAUUGUUUCUAUGAAAACGCUAUUGGAUUCGAGAAUAAAAUCCCUGCUGAGUGGCUGAGCUUAGCCACUUGGACCGCCUGAAUGUACCCUUUGUCUUGAGGUAAAAGCAAAAUAAUGGUCUUUUUUUUCUUUUAGGCCAGGUUUAUUCAUCUUCAGAUAAACUUGAUGGUAAUUAAUUGCAAGAUAAAUUCAUUGUUCUAUAAUUCUGUUGGUCAGCAGAUAACUAGUAAACCAAUGGGAUUACAGAUUGUGUUUUUUUUUUGUCAGAUUGCAUACCUAACAGUUUAUCAGAAGGUGAAUAAAUCGCCCCUUAAUGAAUUUUGUUUUGCUUCUUAGCUUUUUUAAAAAAAUUAUAUUUUUUCUAUUGACUAUUGAGUAGAAAAGGAAUGUAUUAAUUAAAGUGAAUUUGCAUGCAAAAUAUAGGAGAUACUUAACUUCUUAAGUUUCUUAUUUUUUGGGUUGUUCUUAAAGCCUCAUCCUUGGAAAUUUCUUUUGAAUUUUUUUUUGUAUGUACUUACUUAUCUAGGGUGUUUAUUAUCAUAACCAGGGAACAAGGUAUUAACUCCCAAGGGAGUUAAGGAUAUCAUAACUCCCAAGGGAGUUGAGGAUUUCCAUAACUCCCGCUUUCACCUUGCAUAGGUGAACUUUGACAAAAAAUUGACAUUUAAGUUUAUGGUUUAUUUCUUUAUAAAAAUGGACAAAAUACAUUAAAUUCAGUAGGAAAUAAAAUUAUCUAUGUACCACGGGAAUUAUCAGGUGUUAAUACCCACGGGCAAUUGGCACAAACUUUGCCCUGGGGUUUUAACACCCUCAUAAUUCCCUUGAUACAUAAAUAACUAUAAUGAUAUCAAUUAAAUAUUUCAAAUUAUCUAAACAGAAAUACAGUACAGUGCCAUCAGCAAAUAGAUAGAUGUUACAGCUUAUUGUAACUGCAGUAGCAAUAUUGUCAACUAUUCAUACUUAGGUAAAUAAUAAAUACCUACAAUACCACUCUGUACAUCAAUUUUAUUAAAGUGUGUCAACAAAAACAAGUCAGCGCCGAGAUUUAUUACCGGGGAAACGCCCUUCUGGACCUGUCUCAAAACCCAUCAGCCCAUAUAUCAGAAUAUUACGCUAAAUGUAUAGAUUGCACAUAAUCUACAGAGUGACCUAAGUAGUAUGUCCCUCCGUAGAAGAGAUGUCACGCUCAUGCUGUUUAUGGAGUAGGUAAUAUACCUAUUUAUCAAUACAUAUCUUAUCGUAUAGCAAGUGAAUUUACUCUCUACUUGAACCCCCACCUAGAUCACGGUCCUGUUGCGACGUCCUAGGACGAAACAUAUUAUAGGAGUUUAUGACAAUAUCAUUAAUGUAUAACAAUAUAACAGUACUACUAAGGUACUUUCUUG